UGGAGUCAUGAGUGAAUGGAAAAGGGGAGGGAGUGUGAAUCAGGGGAGGUGAAAGGGGAAGCCUUUUUCUGUGUCAGAAAAGUUAAACGUCCACACCCCAUUCUACUUCAACAUCGGCUGGAAAAAAUCUGUGCAUCAUCUCAACUUCUACAACGAAGAUUUGUCACCUUUUCCGGCACAGACAAAAUGGCUAUGGUAUCAGAGUUUCUGGGACAACUGUCUCUCAACAUUGGGUCCUGUGAGCCCACAUACCCAACUGUGGUAUCUGCUGUGGACUUCAACCCUGACACGGAUGCUGCCAGAAUAGAGACUGCUAUCAAAACCAAAGGAGUGGAUGAACAGACCAUCAUUGACAUCCUAACAAAGCGGACCUACUCACAAAGGAGGGAGAUCGCUUUUGCUUAUGAACGGAGGGCAAAGAAGGACAUGAUCACAGCCCUGAAAGGAGCGCUGUCUGGCUCUCUGGAAACGGUGAUCCUCGGACUGAUGAAGAGCACAGCUCAGUACGAUGCCUCAGAGAUCAGAGGAUCUAUCAAGGGCUUAGGAACAGAUGAAGAAACACUGAUUGAGAUUUUAUGCUCACGCAGCAAUAAUGAGCUGGUGGAGAUCAAGAAGGUCUACAAGGAGUUGUUCAAGAAGGACCUGGACAAAGACGUGGCAGGCGACACCUCUGGGAACUUCGCUAAGCUGCUCUUAGCUCUGGUGCAGGCCAAGAGAGCAGAACCAUCUGCUGUUGUGGACUAUGAAAAGAUUGAUGAAGAUGCCAGAGCUCUCUAUGACGCUGGAGUAAAAAUAAAAGGAACUGAUGUGGCGACUUGGAUCUCCAUUAUGUCAGAGAGAAGUGUACCCCACCUUCAGAAGGUAUUUCAGAGGUACAAGAGCUACAGCCCCUAUGACAUGCAGGAGAGCAUUGUGAAGGAAGUUAAAGGAGAUUUACAAAAGUCCUUUCUGGUGCUAGUUCAGUGCUUUGAAAACAAGCAGCUGUACUUUGCCAAACGACUGAAUGAAGCAAUGAAGAGUAAAGGAGCCAAAGAGAAGCUGGUGACCAGAAUUAUUGUGUCACGCUGCGAGGUGGACCUGAAGAAGAUCUGUUCUGAAUACAAGACCACCUUUGGACAGUCUCUGCAAAAGACUAUUCUGGAACACACCAAGGGAGACUACCAGAAGGCGCUGCUCAGUCUGUGCGGACCGGAGGUAUAAAGCUCAAAUAACACAAAUCAGAAUGUCCUGACUUUCCACAGCUUGAAGGGUUCGGUGGAAAGGUUAGCUUAUGAAAAACACACUUGGAACAAAUUCUGUGGCCAAAGCCCACCCUCCUUUUUCUGCACACAUUCAAGGAGAUAAAUUUAUCUUUCUGAUACAUGAAGAAACUGUAUGUCCGCUUACUUUUCUCUUACCAGAAUGGCAAUAAAGCUGCUUUUAUUGGAGUUUUCUUCCUUACUGUUCUUGCAUCCCUCCUAGUUUGUUCUUUCUUGAUGUUUAUAUAAAUAACCACUAGAGGGCACUAUAGUAACAUUUAAAUCCACUGCAGAAGGCUUCAGCUCCUUGGUGUCUCAGGGCUUCAAAAGAUCUGAGACAUUAGGUUUUUAAAUAUAAUGAAAUUUGGUCUCAAAUGGCUUUUUUUUUUCAUUCUGUUAUCAUCCCUCUUCUUGAUUAUUGGAAGUGAUAAAUUAAGUGAAAAUAACUGAAAACUGCAGGUGAUAUACUGUAUGUUUUACUUGCACAAGGGAUUAAAUAAAGCUGUUUUGUAGCUUGUGAAUUUUAAAAA